GAGAGAGGACACGUGAGCGUGCGUGCGUGCGUGAGUGCGCGCGCUCACCUCGAGCUUAAUAUCACAGUCAACACAAGAUCACUGCAAAAAAGUAAAAGCAGCCAGAGAGCGAGGCGCGCGCCCAAAGUCUCUGCACGCCUUGCACGCGCGGCGCCAUGGAACCCCGCAAAACUUCUCGGCGCGCGGGUUUUGCGGUAACCGACUGCUCGAACAUGGUCGAUUAAAAACAGAAGCGCGGAGGAUAUUUACUGCUGAUUAUUAUUUGUGAAGAUGGACCCGCUGUUCACUUACACCGACUCGCCCGGGAACUGGAGCGCGGAGAAUAACGGCACGGACCCGCACUACUGGAACCAGUUCACGCAGCCUGCGUGGCGCAUCGCGCUCUGGGCGCUCGCCUACAGCUUCAUCGUGCUGGUGGCGGUGGUGGGCAACGUGACGGUCAUGUGGAUCAUCGUGGCGCACAAGCGGAUGCGCACCGUCACCAACUACUUCCUGGUGAACCUGGCGUUCGCCGAGGCGUCCAUGUCCGCCUUCAACACCGUGGUCAACUUCGUGUACGCGGCGCACAACGAGUGGUACUUCGGCUUGGGGUACUGCCGCUUCCACAACUUCUUCCCCAUCGCCGCCGUGUUCGCCAGCAUCUGCUCCAUGACCGCCAUCGCCGUGGACAGGUACAUGGCCAUCAUCCACCCACUGAAGCAGCGGCUCUCGUCCACGCAGACCAAAGUGAUCAUUGGCGUGAUCUGGGUGCUCGCUUUCCUGCUCGCCUUCCCGCAGUACUACUACUCUGAUGUGGACCAGCUGCCCGGUCGCGUUGUCUGUUACAUCGAUUGGCCAGAAUACACCAUCAUGGACUUCAAGAAAAUUUACUAUGUGUGUGUGGCUGUGCUGAUCUACUUCCUGCCCCUGUUGGUGAUGGGUUGUGCUUAUCUGGUGGUGGGGCUGAACCUGUGGGCCAGCGAGAUUCCCGGAGACUCCUCAGGCCGCUACCAGGAGCAACUCACCGCUAAACGCAAGGUGGUGAAGAUGAUGAUCGUGGUCGUGUGUACCUUCGCCGUCUGCUGGCUGCCGUACCACGUCUACUUUCUCCUUCAUCAGUUCUUCCCUUUGCUAUUCGAGAAGCCCUUCAUCCAGCAGGUCUACUUGGCUAUCAUGUGGCUCGCCAUGAGCUCCACCAUGUACAACCCCAUCAUCUACUGCUGCCUGAAUGACAGAUUUCGUGCUGGCUUCAAGCAGGCCUUCCGCUGGUGCCCUUGCAUUCACGCUGACUCCUACGAAGGCCUGGAGCUCAAGUCCACGCGCUACCUGCAGACACAAACAAGUGUAUACAAGACGAGCCGGGCGGAGCCCACUGUGCUGGUUGUCAACAGUCCAUCGCUAGAGCUGGCGUCCAAUGGCUCAUCAUCUCGCAGCAUGUCCAAGACAGUGUCAGAGACGUCCAGCUUCUACUGUGCCAAUAACCUCCCCGCCUAGGAGCUCUUACAGUCAGCAGAGGAACGUGAUGAAGAAUGAGUCGGUGUAAUGGUACAAAAAAAAAAAAAAAACUGAUGGAUCCAUUUACCUCUGCACAAACAUCAUCUAUGUAUAAUUUUCUGUAUCGUUUUCUGUAUGAUCAUUGUGACAGACCAUUUUCAGUGGUCAUGGUGGGUGUAGACAGUUGAGGAACAUGCCAGAGAACCAGGAGUUUUAAAUGUUCCUUUAAGUUUUUUGAUGAAUCUAUUCACCUCCAUUUUGUCAAUUAUGAACCACACUGAUUGAGAAUUAUGGGCAGAUCCUAUGCGGAAAGUGCAGAAAAAAACAGAAGUCUGUGAAGUGUUCUUACUUAUAAAGUGUUGAUGGAUCCAUUCACCUCCAAAAUGAAAGAAUGAAUGAUAUCAGUUUUAUCUGUUAUGAACCACUCUGAGUGAGUAUCAUGUGCACAUCUUAUAAGGAAUGUGCCAAAGAAUCAGAAGUUUAUGAAAUGUUCCUGCUCAUAAAAUGUUAAUGGAUCCAUUCACCUCCAUAAUGACCAUUUCAUCUGGUGUUAUCGUAACUCAGAGGUUAAGGCUACUGCUUAGAUGGAAUGUUUAGUGUUCAAAUCCAAGCAUUGUCAUGCUGCCACUGAUGGGGCCAUGAUCAAGCCCUUGAACCACUCAAUUGAUUACAGUAUCUGUCAGAUGAAUAAAUGUAAAUACUAUCUCUGUUUAAUGUUACAGUAGGUACUAUUGGUAUAGAUGGCAAAGGAACAUGUUGAAGAACCUGAAAUCCUUGAUGUGUGCCCAGCUAAAUGUGUUAACCAGUUGACUUUUGGAGAGCUGGACCUUUUUCCCCAUACCAAAAACUGUGUGGUGCAAUCAUCUGCUAUGACACUAUAAUCUCUGUAACAGACCACUUUAUAGAAAUGUUUUGUGUUUGUGCAAGUGCCUCACAGUAUCUAUUAUCUGGUGUAGGUAGACUAUAUGCUUUUUUUUGUUGUUUCUUUUUCUAUUCUUCUAAAACCUGAUUCUUGCCACACUUUUGUCAAAGUUCAGCUUUGAAAUGACCGAUCAUGAGUCCCUUCAGGGACGUAACCAGAGACCUUUUUGGAAUGAGAACAGCGUCUCUGAAGCUUUGCAAACGGAUCUGGAGAACUGGCUACAGUGUAUUACCGUUUACAUUUUACUAGCAUGUAAUAUUGCGGAUUGUGUAUCGUAUACAAUGCCUAAACACACAGCCUCUCCUCUCUGUGUAUAUGUCUGUGUGAAUGUGUUUCUUUUGUAGCAGGGUUUGGGAAACUCUCAGUAACGUGAGCCUCGAUCUCUGAUCAGCUUGGUUUGAAAUCCACAGUAAGUACAUUUCUGUCCAAAUGACUUGCAGAAAUUAAGCAAAUUUCCAAAAACACAAUAUACAAUCCAUGACCAGCAGUCCAACUCUAAGGACCUUGGAGUAAAAUGCCUUCUGGCACGGUACAGCAUCACGCUGGGCAGUAUGGGGGUUGAAUCCAUGCCAAUCACUUCUUGGGUAGAUGAAAAAGCCUCGAAUAUAGCAUCUAAACUGCCUCUUGGCACAGACAGAGAAAGGAAGAAUAUUCAGUGGCAUUUAUAGCUGUGCCCGGAAAUCUAAAUCAGUGAUGACGGCCAGGGUUCCACUGCCAAAAUGUAAUCAGGGGUUUCUCUGGUUCAGAAAUGCUAGUAGCUGUGUGUCUUUGGCUUUGCUUUAAUUUUUGUGAAUUUGUCACUUAAAUCUGAGAAAAAAUUGUAAUGGGAAUGGUUGUUUGUCUCUAUCUGUCUACCUCUGUUUGUCUUUUGAAUGCCGUUGCCCUCCCCCUUCCAGCCAUUUGCCUGUUCUCGGCUUAAGCGGUCACACACAAAAUUAACUCUGGAGUCAGGCCCUGGAGUUUUAAUUUUAGCCUCCCAUCAACACAUGGUGCACCAAUCUGACAGAAGAGGCGGAGGAGUGGAAGGGAUUUGCUGGUGCUGUUGUGGGGUGGCAAUGAAAGACAAAAACUUAGAGGAGGACCGCUGGGUUUGGAGGAGGGGUAGCACACCUGUUGUUUGAGAUUAUGGAGCGAGGUAUGUGACAGUGGUAUCAGUUUCCUGGGCAGGAGGAGGACAUAGUUUUUGUUAAGGGAUCAAACUGUUCUGGCGCACUGAAUGGUGCUCAGGCAGAUUUUACGAGUGAUUGUGGAAUUUGCGGAGGUGUGGAGAACUUGGAGAAGUUGGGCUGGAAUCCUGGGGGACUUCUGCUUUGCUCCAGACAGUCUGGUCUUCCACUAAAGACUUGACUUGGGUUGGAGUUGGUGAAUAGUAAGGAGGUUGUGGGUGCAGAAACUUCGUCAUUAGUGGAGAGCUGGGAAUAAUAGGAAAUUAACUAGGAAGAAGGUGGAGCUACUGGAAUGGUCAUUCUCCCAAAUCUCAGUUAUAUUAAUAGCCAUAAUAUCAUGAGUUCAUGAGUAGGUUCAUGACAUAUAAUCCCAAUUAGGUCGAAUUCAGUCCAAGGUUAUAACAUUACAAAAUGUGGACAAGUUCAAGGGAGGUGAAUAAUCAUGCAAUGCACUGUAAACAUCUCUAGGUAUGUUCAUCCUUGUGUUGAGUUUUUACUGCAGGAUGAUUUUUUUUACAUUUGUUUACUUGGCAAAGCCUUUCAUAAGAAAUGUAUUUCUCAUAAAGCUGUAAGCUUUGUGGGUCCAUAAGCAGUAGCGCCUGGUCUCCAGUUGGCGUUAUGGUAAUGGACUUUAACAGAUUUUUCCUUGUCCUAGAGUAGAGCCCACACAGUCUGUGUAUCUGUAAACAACUUCUGUCAUGGGAUGCCAGAACAAGUUUCACCAUUUUAUAAUUUUUCAUAAUUCUCCCCAUAGCCUGUUGAGACCAAAUAGACAACAGCACAACUUGAAGAACUUCUGUCCUCUCUGUUCUGUCCUCUUCUGCCCUCUAAUCUUCAGAAGGGAGGGACUGACUGUUUAUAGUUGCUAUAAUGUAAGUGAUAACAGCAACUAACUUGUUUCAGAGACUUUCCACAGCAUUCAAUAUAACUGGUUAUAAAUGGUUAAAAAGUAUGUAAUAUAAUAAAACACUUUGGGAUGAGCUAUUAUAGGAAUCAACUUUGGGGUGGUAAGAGUAACUCUGUUUAUGUCCAGAACUGCAUAAUUUCUUACCAAAUAUGAUGUCAUAGUAUUACAGUUUUAGCUAGCUUGUGUUUAUUAAACCACAAUAAAUCUUU